AUACAAGCAGUUUUUCUGCUGUCGUAUGCAAAUUGAUUGGUCGAACUGCAUGGAAAAGUAAAAUUUUCAUUUUGUUUUAACAAUGCCCGUUUGUUCAGCUUAUAACUGCAAGAAACGAUCUGAUGGGGCGUAUAAAGAGGCAUACAAAAGGGGCGAAUUUUCCUUUCAUACAUUUCCAUUAGCUGAUGGCUUGAGAGUGAGAGAGUGGCUCCGUCGGAUGAGAUGGCAGAACUGGUGGCCAACUGGAAACUCUGUCCUGUGCUCAGAUCAUUUUGAGAAGGACUGUUUUGAACAAGUGGGAAGUCACAAGCGGUUGCGGAAGAACGCCAUCCCAACUAUCUUUAACUUUCCUAAACAUCUCCAGUCAAAGGGGCCAGCUGUCAAGAGACGAUCUUUGAAUCGUAAGCCAGUAGAAUUCCCUAUCAAACCAAAGCCAACACCAGUGCCAAAGGCAGCUUUACCAUGUCUUGAAGGGAACUUUGUUCAUGUGACUCUAGAUUCUGAUGGUUCCAUCCGUGGUCCCUUUCAUGCUGGCAGCUUUCAUGAUGAUUACUGCAAACCGCAGAGCAUUCACUGGAUGAAGCUGGCGGAGGUUGAUGAUGAGGAUGAUGACACCAGUGUAGACCUUAAUAGUCUUUCAGAUCCUGGAAAUGAUGUCGCCAGUGAUGAUGCAACCGUUGAAAAUUCCAAUGCUCAAUUUAUCUGGGUGACUAAGAGAUGGCAAUGGCUGAGUAUAGAUGUUACAGGGCCAUUUCAAGAAAGCAAAGGCCCCUAUAGCCACAUAGUCGUCAUCUGUGACUAUUACACCAAAUGGAUUGAAAUAUUUCCAUCAGAAAAGCCUAAUUCUGAUUCCAUUGCCCUGCUCAUGUGUGAUGCCAUUUCCCGAUAUGGCUUUCCUUUAGGAUUUCUCACACCGUGGGGUUCCAGAGGGAUUCAGGUCAGAACAGUUAACAGAGCGCUCAGUAAUAUUCUGAAGAUUAAAGACAUUUCCCUGGUCUCUCGGCAUCACCAGGCUUCACAGAUUGAGCCUCAAACACAAUACCACAUUUUCAACAUGGUGGAAAAUCUAGUCAAGAAGUAUCCAGAAAGUUGGCAUUCUCAUUUACCUGUAAGUGUGCUGCACUUCAACUGCAGUGUGCACCCAGAGACCAAACACAGACCUCUGUCCCUCCAUCACUGUGAGGGAAUAAAACCUUCUUCAACACUCCGAGAUCAGCCGCUCAGUGAAGAUGACCUCGCAAAGUACACUUUCAAAAUCGAGAAACCAAACCCUUUAAAAGGAAUUCAGGCACUAAAAAGAUUAUUCCGAGAAUCGGCAGACUGCAUUGUUGUAUUGUAAAGCUGAAAGCUGAAAACUGUUCUAGUGUGCCGGAGGACUGUAACUGGUGCUUCCUUUAAACUGAAGGGACAAAUGAGGAACCAGCUCAGUACAGAACACAAACUCAAAAGGAUGGACAACAGUGACCAGUUAAAGUCCAUAGAGACCCAAACUGAGGUGUUAUGUGAUUUUCAUAUUGAAAUGUUAUGGAGCAUGUUGAUAUAAAAUUUGCCUAUUAAUGGCUUACAUGGAUACCAUUAAAGGUAUUGAAGUGCAAUGUUAAAUGUAAUUUAACCCCAACUGUUAGAAGGGAGGAGGAAAAGACAGGGAGGAGGAAAAGAUACAUCAUAGGUAGUGUUUGUACACUGAUUCAGACAGGUUAAAGGGAUGGUUCACCCAAAAUAAAAAUAAUUUCUUCACAUACUCAAUCUUAUGUUGUUCCAAACAUGCAUGACUUCUUUCUUACAUGGAACAUAAAAGGAGAUCAGCUUCAGUCACCAUUCACUUUCAUUGCAUUUUAGCUUUUUUUUUUUUCUCCAUGCAGUGAAAGUGAAUGGUAAACGAAACUUUCGGUUCCUAAUGUUCUGCCCGACAUCUUCCUUUGUGUCCCACGGAACAAAAAAAAAGUCAUACAGGUUUGGAACAACAUAAGGGUUAGUUAAUGGCAGGCAAUCAUUUUUAAGGCAGCUGAAUAUGAUUCCAAAAUAAUUACAAAAAAAAUUUAAUGGGAAUAACUUGCAGCAAAGUUUCAAUGAACUGAUGAUCCUGUUUCUGAUGAUGAUCUCUCAAAUUCUCCUGUAGUUGCAAGCAAUCCUGAAGGAUAUUGUAAGGGGUCUGGAAUGGUCAUUGUGUUUUACAUAUUGCAAAGAUCUGUCAAGAUUUUCAAAUAAAUCUUUAUUUGAAAUAUAAUAAAAAA